UUCAUUCGCAACCAUCAGAAGGAAUAUUUUAAUUUAGAAAUGAAAAUUAAAAUAUUCUAAUUUUCUCAGCCAUUUGCCAAUCUUCAGCAUGGAAUCCACCCCAAGACAGAGGAAAGAGCUUAACAAGAUUGUAACCGAUAGUAACCAGGAUGUCAACGAUAUGCAGUCAAACUUGGCCAAAUUACGAGCAUUAUCAGAAGAUGAUAAAACUGAGGCAGCAAUGCUACGUUCUAGAAUUGAUGAACAAGGUCAGCUUAUCAUGGUUUUAAAGCAACGAACAGAUGAAUCUGUAGUGAAAGCUAUGACAUUGGAUAAAAUAAACACUAAACUAACAGAUGAACGAGAUCGUACUAAGGACAUGUUGAAUCAAGAAAUUAGAAAGUUUAAUAUUUUGGAUAACAGGUUUCAUGACUUGGCUUCCAAUCACGAGGAAAUGAUCAAAAUCAAGGAUGAAUACAAAAGAGUUAAUGUUGAGCUGCGGAAUGAAAAUGCAAAAUUAAGAGAAGAAAAUUCACGUCUUUUUUCUGGUGCCAUUUUAGAAAAGGAUCAAAUAAUAGGAGAGUUAGACACAAAGAUAAGACAGUUACAAGAACAGUCCAAGUUAAUGGAACAAAGAAUUAGACAACAGCAGUCUGACUUUAGAAAUAGAGAAGAGCAGUCUAAGAAAGAAUUACAAACUUUACAAGACAAGUAUAGAACCGAUCUUAAAUCACUUCAACAAAAAUUACAAGAUUCAGAAGAAAGGUUAAAAGGGUUAAAUUAUAAACUUCAAAUGCAGAUUGAUGGUCGAGAGUCUCAGGCAACAGAAUCUUCAACUAAAUUAAAUCAGAUUACUAAACAAAGGGACGAGUUAUUAGAUUUAGCAAUGCAGCGUGGUAAACUGAUUCAGAAAGAACAAACCGAAAAUAAACUUCUACAAAAGAAAAUAGAGGAAAUGGACAAAUCUGUUAAAGCUAUGGAAGAAAAGUUUGAGAGACAAGCCUGUGCUGUUAAUGCUAAUUUACAAGUAAAGCGAUUAAAAGAAGAUUUAAAUUCAGCUGACAAUCGUUACACAGAAAUGACAAAGGAAUUUGAUGCAUUCAAGAAGCAUUCCAAUAAUUUGCUACAAAAAGAACGAGAAUUGAAUCAGAAGUUACGCCAUCUGGUGGGAUGAAAUGUGUGAACAGUUGGGAGUACAUAUACAACUAGCCUUAUCAUACAAUUAUUUUUACAUCAUCAUUAUAUAUAUGUGCACAUAAAGUGUAAUGAGACAAUAAUAUUAACGUUGAUGUAACUAAGUUUAUUUAACUGUAUUCUUAGUGUGAUUAAGGCAAUCUUUCUGGAGGUAGAAACUUAGUUUGCAGAUAUUGGGUUACAUUUUCAAUGUCCAGAGACUUAAAAUUGCUCACUAAACAACAUGUAGUAAUUUCUGAUUUUCUUGUCAAAGGUAGCCGCUGCAGCCCCUACCCCAUCACUAUAAACUCAUUGAACAAAUUAAUAUCAUAUUACUAAUAGUAAGUUAUGGAUAACCCACAACAAAUGUUAAUCAAAUAGAAAUCCAAGGGUUAUCAUUCCAGUCAUGUUUACCAGUCUGGACUGAUUGACAGUGAAACUGAACAGCAUGAGAAAUCAAUGUACAUGCCAUGGUAUUAGAGUUUCAAAGUACUUAGCUUUAACACACAAAAGAUCCAGUGAAAUGUAUAGUUUGUAUGUGUACAAAAUGAGGAUGAUGCUAAAAAUUUGUCAUAUUCUUAGAAAACAAAUAUCUUGCUAUAAAUAACACAUAAAAUUAAUAUUAUGUGGUCAUGUAGCAUGUGCACAGUAUAUGUUAUGUACUGUGUAUAUAAAUUAUCAGUGCUAGUUGAUGUCACUCAUUUUAAUGUAGAUAUGUUUUCAUUUCAAUUUUCUAUGGUUUCAUUUCGAUUUUAUAUGUUUCAACUUUUUCCAUGGAAAUAAAUCCCUUGAUUUCACAUAUUACAUCAUAUACAUCUAAUUUUAAUUGUUUUAAAAUAAAUUGAAUUCUAUCACAAUUUCAAAAAAUAGAUCAAGGCAUUUUGAAGUACAUGUAGAUUAAGAGCAAACAUAUUUAUUACAAACAGUUAAUUGAAGUGACAUUAAUGCUUUGGUGGCCUUCAUUGAUUGAUGAAAAAAAAAAUGUUGAUUUGACAUGAUUUCAGAAUAACAACUACAUGGAGAGUGUUCAAAUAAGAUUGCUUACAUUUUUAAAGUGAAAUAUGUUAACUGUCAAACUAGGAGUCAUACACAUUUAAUUAUUUACUGGUAUUCGGGGGUGGUUAACAAUAUAUGCUUAUAUAGAUAGUUUAUUCUAACUAAGUAGUAGGUCAGUGCUUGAAUUUUGAAUUAUAAAGUGAACCCAUGGUUAUGUCGAUAAACAUGUAUUAUACAAAAAUAAUUACUAGUAGUAAGUAAAGCCUUUACCAAUUUCUAUAGAUUCACAUAUACAUUGAUUUGUAACAAAUUUUAUUUACGGUUUUAAAUAUAUUGCUCGCCUGUGCAUAUUAGUACCUAUCUUAAAUUCCUUGGAUUGUGAAUAAUAAUGUAUUUUUCUAACUGUAACACUGUGAUUAGAAAUAUUAGAUGUGUAUAUCAUGUGUGGUUAAAUGAUCGAGAGCAAGACAUUAAGUAAUAUAUUGAUACUGCACAUGGCCAUUGGUCUGAGUGUUGUUUCAAUAUAUUACGCAAUUGUCUUGAUUACACAAUGUCUUGCUCGAGACAAUUAAACAACUAUAAAUACAAUACUAUACUGCUUGUGCAUUGCAAUGAAAUUAAGACGCGUGUCCAAUAUUUCAUCUUGUAUAAAUAAUGUAUGAUUGGCAAGUUGCCAGUACCAUUAUUUGAAAUAAUGGUAGCCAACUUCAAUGGAUGAUGUCACAUCUGUAUUUUAAGUAUGUUUAAAUUAACAAAACCUGUAUGUUUUUUUUUUGAGAAAUAAAUUGAUAAGAUCUGUAUGUAUUUACAAAUAUUAAAUUUAAAAGACCCAUGUAUAUUAUUAAAUUUAAAAGACCCAUGUAUAGUAUUAAAUAUAUAAUACCUGUAUGUAUUGACAAGUAUUAUAUUUUUAAGACCUGUAUGAACUGACAAGUAUUAAGUUUAAAAGACAUGUAUGUAUUGACAAGUAUUAAGUUUAUAAGACCCGUAUGUGUUUACAAGUAUUAAAUUUUAAGACCUGUAUGCCAAAAUAUUAAGUAGCAUUAAUCAUUGUUGGGAUGCAAAUCUAAUCAGCAUUAUUUAAGAUGAAUGUGAUAUUUAUUAUAUUGUUACCAUUAACCAAUAUUGUUUAUUAUUCCUUUUAUUUUUAUGAUUAAAUUUAUACAUGAUUUUCCUAGAUGUUUUUGUAAACUAUUUUUAACCACAAGCAAUAACAUCACAAAUACUUGAAGAAUCUUUUUAAAAAAAAAAAAAAACUUAUCAAGGAUCUCAUGGAUACAAAUAAUAAAGUUACAUUAAAAUUAGGUCUGUUUGAGUGUGGUGCUUGGUCACAAAUGAGGGGUGGGGGUGAGUUGGUGAUAUUGCUGUUAGCUGAGAAAGUUCUUGGGAUUUCAAAGCCUGGUUCAGAUGGGAUGUAAAACCAUGGUCUACUACUCUUGUGCUCAUUGUUCAUUCCUUGCAAAAGAAACCUUGAAUUUUGGAAAAGAGUAGACAGAUGUCUGGGAAAUAUUUCCCUCAGUACACUGGAUAGUUGUGCAGAAAUGUAGGAUAUUAAAGCUUCUUUUCAAUUGUAUUCACAGGCCUUUCAGCAUGGAAUGUGGGUAUGCAAAACUCCUCUCAAUGUCAAUGAUCCAUUGGAGUACACAAGAUUUUUCAAAUUCAUCAACACCAAUGACUUAUGGAUGCAAUUAUGUUGUGAUGAAGCUUUUACAUUG